AUAGGAGAAAUUAAACAAACAUAGCUCAAAAUCCUAAAGAAACAAACGAUGAGUUGAUUUCAUAUACUCGAAGAAAUUAAAUCACAGCAAAAUCUUUCUUCUCUCUCUCUUCCUCUGUUAAUUUUUAGGGUUUUUCUCUUCAUCACAAUCCACUCAAAAUUCAAUGGGUGUUUCCUUCAAGGUCUCAAAGACUGGCACUAGGUUUCGCCCGAAACCCCUUCCCCUUCCUCUUCAACCUACCAAUGAUGACGAAUCAGAGAAUUCUAGGUCCCAGAGUGAUCUUGUUGAUGCUGGUGAAAACAUUGCUCGGAUGCCCAAUUCGUCGGAAACUCUUUCCUUAGAAGAGAGGGAAGCUUCUUUUACUUUGAACCUGUUCCCGGAUGGUUAUUCUAUUGGAAAACCCAGCCAGAAUGAUGCUGCAAAUCAGCAGUUUCCGAAGUUGUUACUUCCGUAUGAUAGGUCAUCCGAAACCCUUUUCUUGGCCAUUGAGUCAGGUCACUUGCCCGGGGAAAUUCUGGAUGAUAUACCUGCCAAGUAUGUUGAUGGAUCACUAGUAUGCGAGGUGCGUGAUUAUCGAGGUUGCUCUUCUGAAAAGGGAGUUGGCACUGUGUCUGGGGAAAGUUCUCCUACUGUUAAUAAAGUAUGCCUCAAGAUGUCAUUGGAAAAUAUUGUGAAGGACAUCCCAUCUAUUGCUGAUAAGUCUUGGACAUAUGGUGAUCUAAUGGAAGCUGAGUCGAAGAUUCUGAAAGCAUUACAACCAAAACUUCAUCUAGAUCCUACUCCAAAGUUAGAUCGGCUGUGUGAAAGUCCACUUCCAUCAAAGCUCAAUUUGCGGAGAAAGCGAUUAAGGAAUAUCCCAGAGUUUUCUGUCACUUCUAGUAAUAAAAUCCAUGGUAAAAAAGUAUGCAUAGAUAGAGUGCAAGAGAACUCAAAUAGUAGGUUGGGUGAUUCAGGAAUUGCUACAUCAAAUGCUAUUGUGCAACAGACUCUUGAAAAUCCAGCAAUGCAAAAUCUUAACCCAAGCAUUGCCAUGGCCAUGAGAUCUAAGAAUAUUAUACCAGAUUCUUCCAUUCCAAGCUUUUCUAUGAUUUCCCAUCAAUCAAGAUAUCCAAUGGCCAUCGGAACUCCAAGAAACUUGCAGGAGCAUGGAUCAAUUUCUGCUAUUAAUUCAUCUGCAGCUUCUCCUGCUGCACAAGAUGUCAUGAUUUCAUAUGCUGAUAAUCCUAACGCAAGUGUCUCUCUUCAUACAAAAAGAGAGAAUCCAGACGGGCAAUCAUCACCUUUAUCCAGUAUUGCAAAAAGAAUGAGGCCUGCUUCCACAGGUGUUGAUGCAAUGCAGCAGCAGCAAAUAGGCUCACACGUCGACGCCCUUCAAGGACCGGAUAUUAAUUGGCAGAAUACACUAUUUCAACAACAAGCAAUGGCCAGAGGUAUUCAGUAUUCCAGUGGUGGCAUUCAGAAGUUUCCCCCACAGGUUUUUGAAGGGGGUUUAAAUCAAGAGACAGGGUCUAUUCAAUUUGCUUCGGGUCAACAGGGCAUGAGGUUAGUUGCCAAGGAAGAACAAUUUGAAAUGGAAAGAAUAGAUGGUGCGGGGAUGAACCGCAGUAAAAGUGAGAUGGAAAUAGAUGCAAGCAAUUUAGAUCCACAACAAUUACGGCAUCAGCAAAGAUUGCCACAGCAUGCAUUCAUGAGACCUAAUUUUCCACAGACGACAACCUGGAAUAAUCUGGGUCAGCAAAUGGAGAAAGAAGCAAAAAAGGAGGACCAGCUUCAGAAAAGGAAACAAGUACAGAGUCCUCGCUUAUCUAGUGGGACAUUACCUCACUCGCCAUUAUCUUCAAAAUCAGGUGAAUUUUCUAAUGGUUCAGUUGGACCAAGUUUUGGACCGCCUUCGAUGACCACUGCCCCUGGAGCAUUACAGAAAGAGAAGACAGCAAUUGCUUCACUUACUGCUGCUGUUGGUACUCCAUCUUUGACUUCUAGUGCUAAUGAUUCUACACAAAGGCAACAACAGGCACAACUUGCUGCAAAACGGAGAUCUAAUUCCCUUCCCAAGACCCAAGCAAUGAGUGGUGUUGCGUCUCCUGCUAGUGUUAGUACUGGUGUUCCAUUCAAUGCAAAUAGUCCCUCAGUUGGGACCUCGGCUUUUCCUGAGCAAGGUCUUCAAAAUAUGUUUGACAGGUUCUCAAAAAUUGAUAUGGUGACAGCGAGGCAUAAACUUCACUUCAAGACGAAGAAGACGGAUCAUUCCAUUAAAAAGCAGAAUACAUAUACACCACAGCGUUUGGCAGCUCAUCUUGCAAACGCAACUAAUAAUGAGGGAUUGAUAGAUGAGUCCAGUUCUUUGUCAAAGUCACUAAUAGGCGGUAGUAUGAAUGUGAACAAAAUGAGAGUGUUAAGUUUCAUUUGGAACGAGCGUGUAGUUCAAGGAAAUGCUGUUGCUUUAGUUCCCAGGUUUCGAACUAGGAUGAUAAUGGCUGAAAAGCCAUCUGAUGGUACAGUGGCUUUGCAUUAUGGGGACAUAGAUGAGAGUGAUUUCAUAGGCGGAGAAGAUCAUCUCCCGACAUUACCCAAUACUUAUUUUGCGGAUUUGCUUGCAGACCAGUUCAGUUCACAGAUUGAACACGAAGGAUAUGUUAAGGAAGAUGACAGAAUCCAACUCAGACCAAACCGUGUGAACGUUAUGGGAAGUCAAUCUAGUGUACCUCCUAAUGACAUGCAGCAAUAUGGAGAGCAAAUUCCGGGUCAGUCGUGCAAUGAAGCUGCAAAACUAGCUAGUGGCAGUAAUGCAUCUUUAAACUUAUCACAGAAUCUUGCAGCAAACGCAAGGAUGUUGCCGCCUGGAAACCCUCAGGCCUUGCAGAUGUCCCAAGGACUUCUCUCCGGUGUCUCAAUGGCUCAAAGACCGCAGCAACUGGACUCACAACAAGCAAUUCAGCAACAGCAGCAGCAGCAGCUGCAACAAAAUCAACACACUCUCAUUCAACAGCAGAAUCCACAGUUCCAGAGAUCUUUGCUCACUACAAAUCAGCUUUCACAUUUAAAUGGUGUUGGACAAAAUUCCAACAUGCCAUUGGGUAAUCACUUGCUGAACAAGGCCUCACCUCUUCAGAUUCAGAUGUUACAGCAACAGCACCAGCAACAGCAACAAAACCAGCAACAGCAACCACAAAUGCAAAGGAAAAUGAUGAUGGGAAUUGGAACAGCUAUGGGAAUGAACAACUUUAGAAAUAGCUUAGUUGGACUUUCACCCAUGGGCAAUGCCAUGGGAAUUGGAACUGCAAGGGGAAUAGGAGGAACUGGAAUCUCGGCCCCGAUGACAUCUAUUGCUGGCAUGGGAAAUAUAGGUCAGAACCCAAUGAAUCUUGGCCAGGCUUCAAAUAUUACAAAUUCUAUAAGCCAACAAUAUAGGGCUGGAACAAUCACUCCACAACAAGCCGAGAUGUUUUCUAAGCUUAGAAUGGUACAGAAUCGCGAAGGCAUGUUAGGUUCACCUCAGUCUAGCAUUACCGGCAUCUCAGGAGCCCGACAAAUGCACCCUAGCUCUGCCAGUCUUUCCGUGUUGAGCCAAUCUCUGAAUAGGGCUAAUAUGGGUACGCUGCAGCGAGCAAUGGGUCCUAUGGGUCCACCAAAGCUUAUGCCAGGGAUGAAUCUUUAUAAUAUGAACCGGCAGCCGCAACACCAACAAUCCCAACAGCAGCAACACCACCAACAGCAGUUGCAAUUACAACAACAGCAUUUACAUCAGCAGUUGCAGCAGCAAUUACAGCAGCAGCAGCAACAACAACAACAGGAAACAACUUCGCAAUUGCAGGCAGUUGUUUCUCCCCCACAAGUGGGAUCACCGUCGACAAUGGGAGUUUCAUCAUUAAGCCAACAAACACAUCAGCAAGCAAGUCCUCAGCAAAUGAGUCAACGAACUCCAAUGAGUCCACAGCAGAUGAGCUCAGGGGCAAUUCACGGUAUGAGCACCGGUAAUCCUGAAGCUUGUCCAGCAAGUCCGCAGUUAAGCUCUCAGACACUAGGGUCUGUUGGUAGCAUAACCAAUUCCCCUAUGGAUAUGCAAGGUGUUAACAAGAGCAAUUCUGUCAACAAUGCACAGUGAAAUUACAAAGCCUAGUUAAAAGUUCAAAGCUACUUUCCUAGUUGGAAGCAAAUGAUGACAAAUUUUGGCACCAAAAUCAGUGCUGCUAUAAAAUGACUGAAUCCUAAAGGGGGAGAUGACUUGAUUAUUUACACAUAAAUAAAGCUUAUGUUAGGGGAAUUAGUAUACUGCUCUUGAACCAACUUUAGAAGAAAUCACAUAUGUUGUGUUAGUUCAGUUGUAUAUAGCUUUUUUGGUUUUCCCCUUCACUCAUUGAUCAUCACAGAAAUUUUUGGGAUAUUUAGGCCAAUAUUAGCAUGUAUUAUUUGUAUUUUGUAGAGUCAACCGUGCAUUUUUAGAUCGUAUUAGUUUUAGUUGGUACAUGUUUAGAAAUGCGGUCAUUCCUUUUGGCGGCAGAACUGAAUCUUCAAUUUGUAGCUUCUAGAAUCAGUGAUUUCCUUGCAAUUUUGAUGCUUUUCGAUUAAGUGCUUAUUGUACACAAGUAGUUCCAUAACUUUGCCCACACAUUGAAUUUUUAAUUGUCCCUUAAAUGAUUAUUAGCAAGGUUUUUA